GGGUGAGUGUGCACGUCUACUGUUGUACGUGCUGGUAUUGCCCUGUGGCGAAGGUGCUACCACUUGUGAGAUCGAUGCGGACCUCUUGCUCCUCCAUCUGCUCGUCCUGCUCCUGCUUCCCCCUUGUCUCCACCUUCUCUUCCCGAUCUUCUGCUAUGUCUCGUCCCGUUCCCCUUCCGUCUCAAUCGGUCCCUCCUUUUGCAGAGGUGUGUGAAGGUAGCAGGUGUAGGCGUGUGGGAGGGUUUUGUCUCGGUGACAGGGACGAAGACGACUCGAGCUCGGAGCCAGAAAGGGAGCGCCAGCACUACCCCAUCGAGCCCGACAUCCAGCAGCUCUGCCUCCAGUUCGGCAUCGACGCGGAGUUGACGCAGAAGCUCAACGACAUCAUGAUCGAGGAUCGCCAGAAGACUUGGGAGCAGGAUAUGGACAAGUUGCUCGAGGUCCUGAAAGGUGCACACACCCCGCGGGCUCUCCUCGCCAUCAAGCUCAAGGACAUGGAGAAAGGCGUGUUCGUCGGCAAGGCGAAGUGCGGGGAGGCGGUGCGCCAGAUGGCCCGCAAGCACCGUCUGGACAAGGGCGCGGCCACUAAGCUGGAAGACGCCAUGUCGAUCCGCGAGGCAAUGGGCAAGGACGUCGACAAGGACCUGCAGCUGCUGGACGAGCACCUCGCCGCCUCGAACAAGCCCUCGGCACUCAUCAGCAUGAAGCUCGAGAGCCUGCGAAAGGGCUUCCACGUCGGUCACUGCAUCUACUCCCGCGAGACGCUGGCCGGCAACCAGGCCCAUGCCAGGGAUUUGCUGAUGCAGUUGGCACGGGGGUUGAUAGCAGGAGGGAAAAAACACACAGACACAACUAAUCGUCGAUUCCCCGGAAAAUAUGGGA